AUGGCCCCCGCCGCUGGAGCAAAGAAGCAAAAGAAGAAGUGGUCCAAGGGAAAGGUCAAGGACAAGGCCCAACACGCCGUCGUUCUCGAUAAGACCACCUCUGAGAAGCUCUACAAGGAUGUGCAGUCUUACCGUCUCGUCACCAUUGCCACCCUCGUCGACCGAAUGAAGAUCAACGGUUCUCUGGCACGACAGUGCCUUGCCGACCUCGAGGAGAAGGGCAUCAUCAAGCCUGUGGUCACUCACAGCAAGAUGAAGAUCUACACCCGUGCCGUCGGUGGUUCUGACUAA